AAUAAAACAUUAUUUUCUCAUGAACUCUUGAGCUACACAACAAAUAUUUUUCAAACCAGUCGCUUUUGAAGUGUUGGCUUACAUCACAACAGAAGAUGGAUGCACUUUCUAAAUUCCCCCUACAAGAGAUGAUAUAUAACAUGCUGUUGCAUCUUUAACCUAGAAGUAAAAUUAGAAUUUAAUAAACAUGUUUUUGCCAAGUUCAAGGCCAUCAAAUACUGGCGGUUUCAGUUUAAUUAAAUCAUCAUGAAGGAGAGAAAUAAUUGAUCUUCUUUCUCGCCAAUGAUUUCCUCAUACGGGACAAUUAAAAUGUCACAAAACUUCCACAUGAAUCAUUCAUUCGCCGCAACAGAAGCGAUAAAACAUACGUUUUAUUUGGUCAAAGAAGUGCAAGAUUUUUAAUAUACUCAUCAAACUUUUCGCCCAGUAAACAUACGGUAAACAGUCCCGCAGCUCGUAAUAAAUCACCACUCACUCGUGGCAUCGUAUUUACUACCCAAGAGCACGGAGCCGUCGGGGAUGUCCCGGCGUUGCAUCUGAGACUUAACACUCGGGUGAUUAUUUACCCGGUUUCUUAUUAUUAAAUCAUACCACUUUCACACAGUGCCAACGAUGAACCCGGGACACCCGUACACGAGGAGUGAGAUUUGUUUGGGGCUAUAAAUCACAUGUCCGACAGUAAAGGCCAAUUUCGCCGCAUUAAAGAAGCAUCAUAUAACACUUUAGAACACAACUCUCGAAAUAACGAGUCACCACCAGAGCGACCGAGGUGUUGAUGGUGAUGUUGAUGAUGAUGAUCAGGAUGACGAUGUAUUAUUAUUAUAGGUACCAGUGCCAAUAAAAGCAACUUUCGCAUUAGUUUGAAUGAAGUAACUUUUCAACUGAGAAAACCCAAAUAAACUGAUAAAAGAGUUUCGCAACCUGUUUGAGUCCAACCAUUUGGGUAGAUUCCAUCCCACUGCCUCCCACUGUGUUUUAUUGUGUUUAUUAAAUUUGCUACACUUUGAUGAACGUGACGCGACGCAGGUUCUACCGCACCGACAGCGAUGAGCCGCUUGAGCAUUGACACUGACAGCGAAUGUCUAAGCACCCAGCAGCAGCAAGCAGAUAACAAUUUAAAUCAAUGAACUACACAGCGGCGGGUCUGCGCAACGCAUAAAGGUAGAAGCGGGCGCACCGUAUGCAACGAUGGGAACGCACGGUGGCCGACGAUGGCGGUCAAUUGAGAUUUAUUUUUGUAUCGUUGUUUUUUUAUUUAUUUAUAUACGUAUACACACAUUUGUUUGCCUGCUGAUUCGGGCGAAUCAGGAAUGCUGACAAAACAUGCCAGUCUGCGGCAGUCUCGUGCCGGUUUCUGAAGAAAACUGUUUCUGUGCAUUAUGUGGAUCAUGCUAAUGCUCCCUGUGGUGGUUGUUUUUAUCGGUCAGCUGCUAGCGGGCUGCCGGAGUGCGAAUGUUCUCUACAUCAGCGGUGUCGCAUCGCCGAGUCAUUUUUUGUGGAGUCAACGACUUUUCGAGCAUCUAGCCCGUCUCGGACACAAUAUGACGGUUGUGAAUUUAUACAAGCACGGAUUAGUGAGAGAUGUGCAUCUGAUAAAACUGGAUGGAGUUGCUGAAGCGCUCGCUGCGGAGGAGGAAGACUACAUAGAAUUCGGUCAGAUGAAUUCCUUCGAAACCCUGAUGUCAUUUUCGGAACUAGAACUUUUCGUUUGUGAACUCUCUAUCAAGAGUGAAGGUUUCAAAACACUUUUCAGUUAUCCGAAAGAAUUUCAGUUCGAUCUGGUCGUUCAUGACCAUUUGGCGGGACCAUGCUUGUUAGUUCUUUUAACUCGAUUCGAUAACCCACCUUUAGUGAUGGCAUCUGCGUUUAAUGGGUUAUCCACUACCGUGUCAGCUUUGGGAUCUCCAAUGUUCCCAGGAUUUAUUCCGAAUCAAGUUAACGAUGUUGAUUCUCCCAUGAGCUUCUUCCAAAGAAGCUAUAAUUUUUUACUCUUCGCUUGGGAAAUUGCCUCAAAAGCAUUUAUUUAUAAACCACAGCUGGAUGAACUUAUCAAAUCGCAACUUAACCUAACUCAUUCCACUGCUUCGCUUGAGAGACAAACCCUUCUGGUGAUUCUGAAUUCUAAUCCUGUCCUGGAACGCGCUGAGCCUAAACUUCCGAACGUGGUUCAAGCAGGCGGUUUACACAUUAUGCCCCCGAAAAAUCUUCCAGCGCACAUUUUAAACGCCAUUAAUGGUUCAUCCAAUGGCGCAAUUUUUUUCUCCCUUGGAACAAACGCUCGCAGCGAUCAUCUGAGUAACACUAUCCUAUGUAACAUUAUUACUGCCAUGGAACGUUUGCCAUCGCUACUCUUUUUGUGGAAAGUUGAACAUGAAGAUAGGCUCCCGAUGAAAUUACCGGGAAACGUUCUUACCGCUCCUUGGUUUCCCCAAAACGAUCUCCUGGCUCAUUCGAAGCUGCGACUUUUCAUCACCCACGGAGGAUUGCUCAGUGAGCAGGAAGCAGCCUGGCACGGUGUUCCCAUGCUAGGAUUGCCUAUCUACGCCGACCAGUUCGACAAUGUAAACCAGAUGGUCAGGAAAGGAGUUGCGCGACGUCUGGAAAUCAGAGCUUUGUCCGCUCAGCAAAUGGUAGAUUGUAUCGAAGAUUUACUCACCAAUGAAAGCUACAAAAACAACGCCGCUAGACUAUCAAAGCUAUUGCAAGAUCAGAAGGAGCAUCCGCUGGAGCUUGCAGCUUGGUCCAUCGAGUGGGUACUUCGGAACGUCAAUAGUAGCGAGCUGUGGAACCGUUCGCUGCAUCAGUACGGCUUUUUCGAAAAACAUUCCUUUGAUGUUGUGAUAUUUUUCGCCUUCGGGAGCUCAGCCGUCGUUUUGCUGCUUGUGCUACUGUUGUAUAAAAUAUUGUUAUUAAGAGAAGCUUUCAGUAAAAUGAAGACCGACUAAAUUCAAUAAAAAGUUUAUCGCAUUUUGAUUAUUAAAAUAACAUGUUUCUUUUAAAUGGUGACCAAUACUGUCAAAGUUAAUCACUUACUCUCAAAAUUAUGGCACUGAAAGUCAUAAAUCGAUGAAUUUGCAAUACCGCUCAAGAUCUCCACAAUUGAAAGUAGCUUACAAAAGCUCUUCGAGUUGCAAACCUUCACUCAGUUCUACCACUCGAACGCGACCAGUCGGUAUAAGAAAAAUUACCUCAAUAAAAUUCAAAUUACCGAUCGCUUUCGUCGACAUAUAAUAUUGCUAAGCAAAAACUACUAUUAAUACUAUACAUGGCCAUUUGCCAUUCCGCUAUUAAUAACGCUUUUUCUAUUCCUUUUUUCUGUUUUUUUUCCUCUGCUGUGCGAAAUGAGUAACGCAAAACUAGAUCCAGAAACUGGUGUCGGUUGAGUCGAAACGCCGCUCGCAGCUGUCGGCAGUGCAUUUCAUUUAGAAACCAACUAUUUCAGUCUCAAAUCAAAUUAAUUAAUCUAAUCAUUCUUGGUCGCUGUACAUGCGCGAAUGCAAAAUUAAUCAUUAUUCAAUAACAGAACGAAUGACGCAAAAAAUAAUAUUUAAAGCUUACCGACACAAAUUGCCGCUUCCUGCUGCCGCCCGCCUCCCCGGUAGGCAUCACCAAAUCAGGCUGAACAAAGUGUGAAAAUACCCGAUGUUGUGACAGUUUUCAUUUUCUCCAAGUGCAAUAAAUUUUAUCGCGUGAACAUUGUCAGCCAUGUUUUCUCACCAGACUCGGAAUAACAUGCGUUCACUGAAUGCAUUUCAGGUGAUAGCUCGGUUACAACAACCAAUGCACAUUUGUACCAGUUGGAAUUGGAGCUCCCUAAUGGAGUCCGGCAUGCACAAGUGAUAAUAAUUCAUUCAACCGGUA